AAUUCAACAACAAAAAUUAUAGAAAUCUCUGAUUCAGAUGACGAAGAUGAACUGCUAUCUCUCAAAACUGCGUUAAAAAACAUAACCAAUUUCACCGAAUACAAGAAAAUUAAUAAUAAGAAAAUUAAUAAUAUUGA